AUAUUUUAAUAAUAUAAUUUGCUUUUCAAUUCUAUCCACGCGUCUUUUAAUGAAUCAAAUCUAAUGUUAUUAAGAUUAGGAUUUUUCUCUCCUCCUUCCCAUGAGACAUGGACUGAAGUUAGAACGCUUUCAACCCAGAUGGGCCACGUACACCAACCUAUUUGAUUUGGGCUUUUAUGUUCCGUUCCGACCCCAGUCUGGCCCAUCUAUUUCCACACAGUUCUGGUGGCAAUAUCGUAGUUAUCUAGUAAAAACAGAGCGCUAUUUAGUCCCUCGCUCAUUUACUCGAGGGGUGUGUGGUUAGGGUUUGGGCUUCCUUUUCUAGGGUUUCCGAGGCGCAGCAGCAGCAACAGCAGCCAUGGUUCUCAAAACUGAACUCUGCCGAUUCAGUGGUGCCAAGAUAUACCCUGGGAAAGGAAUCAGAUUUGUUCGUUCAGAUUCUCAGGUGUUUCUAUUUGCCAAUUCAAAAUGCAAGAGGUACUUCCACAACCGGCUGAAGCCAUCAAAGCUUACCUGGACAGCCAUGUACAGGAAGCAACAUAAAAAGGAUAUUGCUCAAGAGGCUGUAAAGAAGAGGCGUCGUGCCACCAAAAAGCCCUACUCUAGGUCCAUUGUGGGUGCUACAUUGGAGGUUAUCCAGAAGAGAAGAACCGAGAAAGCAGAAGUCAGAGAUGCUGCCAGGGAGGCUGCUCUUCGUGAAAUUAAGGAAAGAAUCAAGAAGACCAAGGAUGAAAAGAAGGCAAAGAAGGCAGAAGUGAUGGCUAAGGUGCAGAAGACACAGGGCAAGGGUAACGUUCCCAAGGGUGCUGCUGCUCCAAAGGGCCCUAAAAUUGGAGGUGGUGGUGGUAAGCGCUGAUUUGGGGCUUGUUUGGUGCGGUGAGAGUGAGAUCGGUAGGUUGGAAGAAGUUUUAAUUUAAAGUUUUGUUGUAAGGAUUGCUUGGCCUGGUUAGCCAGAUUGUUAUUCGCAUCCCCUUUUCUAUAAUUAGCACUGUCGACUGAAGUUGAGCACGAUUAUAUAGCUAAAUGGAUUUUUAUUUUGUUUCCUA